AUGGCACGCUUCUAUGGCGUGCCCAAGCUACACAAACGAGGAGUGCCCCUCCGCCCAAUCGUCUCUCUUCGUGGCACCCCAACAUUUGGACUGUCAAUGUGGCUGUACCAGCGACUGUGUCUCCUCAUCAAGGACUCAGAGUGGACGGUGAAGUCAGCUGAAGAGUUUUUGACUCGCAUCCGUCAUCGUAGAGUGGAGGCAGACGAGAUGAUGGUGUCCUUUGACGUGGUCUCACUGUUCACGCCUAUCCCACCUGACCUGACCAUCGACACUCUCGACGGACGUCUCCGAGAAAAAUACGACGAGACCGACCAACAGCUUAAACGAGUGCACAUCACUGAGCUCCUAGAACUGUGUCUCCAGACUUUCUUUACAUUUAACGGCCAAGUACACGAGCAGAAAAAGGGAACGCCAAUGGGUUCAUCUCUGUCUGGACUAAUUGCCGAAGCGGUUUUGCAGAGGAUGGAGUGGCUGGUAUUCAGCUCGUACCCUCCAAAGUUCUAG